AUGUCGUCUCCGAAGCUACAGGUAGCGGUGGCUGGCCUCGGCCGUAUGGGUCUUCGCCAUGCACGCCAUUUCGCAACCCUGACUCCUCGUGCCGAGCUCAUUGCUGUUAGCUCGCCCGUGCAAGCCGAGCUCGAUGCUGCCAAGAGGGAAUUUCCAUCGGUGCGAACAUACUUAGACUUUGAUGAGCUGCUCAAGCAAGAAUCGACACUGCAGGCAGUUGUUGUUUCGAGCGCAACAACUGUGCACGCCGAACAGGCUAUCAAGGCUAUUGAGAAAGGAUUACAUGUUUUGUGCGAGAAGCCACUGAGCACGAGUCCUGACAUUUCGCAAACCGUCGUAACAGCAUAUAAACAAUCCAUCAAAAAACACCCUGCCCAAAAAGUCAUCUGUGGUUUCUCCCGGCGAUUCGAUGCUUCUUAUCGCGAUGCUCACCGGCGAAUGACCAAUGGCGACAUUGGCGUACCCUCCGUCUUUCGGUCGCAGACAUGCGACAAGCUGGACCCAUCCGGAUUCUUUGUUGCAUAUGCUGAAUUCAGUGGUGGCAUCUUUGUCGACUGCUCAAUACACGACAUUGACCUUGCCUUGUGGUUUUUCGGCGAAAACAGUGUAGUCAAGAGUGUUUCUGCGGUGGGAAUCACUGCUGUGCAACCAGAACUACGCAAGCAUAAUGACCGCGACAAUGCUAUUGGUAUUAUCGAAUUUUAUGGUGGAAAAAUCGCCCAGCUAUACUGCUCUCGCAUGAUGGCCGCUGGCCAGGAAGAUACUACCGAGAUUUUCGGAACAGAAGGCAAGAUUGCAGUUAACACACAGCCGCAGCUUAAUCUCGUCAAUCUCUACGAAUCCACCGGUAUCCGCCGCGAAAUUCCUCCCGAUUACUACGGUCGCUUUCGGGAAGCCUUCAUCACCGAGGCCAAUGAGUUCACGGCUUGCUGUCUAGAUAACACCCCUCCACCGAUGAGGCUGGAAGGUGCCGUGAACGCGGUCAAGAUUGGAUGUGCGCUGCAAGAAAGCUUGAUUACUGGCAAGAAGAUCGAGUUUGAUGAGAUUGGACGCCGCAUUGAGACUUCCAAGUUGUAA